UACUCAAGUUGCCUAAGGAUUUCUACCUUUCACAUUUAUAUUUUCUCUCUCUCUAAGUUUUCUUCUUCUUUCUCUCUCUAGAAUGCCUCAAGUUGAUUUGGAAACUCUAGUUUCGGCAUGUGCCGGCGGCGGGAGUGACCGGAAAGUUGCAUGUGAGACUUUGGCUGACAGUGACGGCGACGGCGAAAAACGUGUGAAAGACGAUUUGGAUGACGAGGAGAAGCAAUCGGAGCAUCCGCCUGAUUUUCCACCGGAAUCGUUCUGGCUUUCAAAAGAUGCUGAGUUCGAUUGGUUUGAUCGGAAUGCCUUUUUGGACCGGAAACAGUCUACGAAAGGUAUCGGUCCAAAUCCAGGUUCGAAUUCGAGUUCGCAGAGAUUUUCGUCGACUUUAAAAAGUAAGGCUUCGAUUAUCGGAUUUCCGAAGACUCAGAAGACUAGUUUCAUCGAUUCGAAACGGCGAACUUGUAAACCGGCGAACAUUAGGCUUUUCCCGGCGAAAAGGUCUGAAUCUACGUUGAAAUCGGCUUCGGUUACGGAACCGUCGUCACCGAAGGUAUCUUGUAUGGGAAGAGUAAGAUCGAAACGUAGAUCACGAAGCCGACGAUCAUCGGAGAAAUCAAAAAAAUGUGAAAAAAAUUCACCCGAGAGAUCACGAAGCAACAAUGGAGAGAAACGCAAAUCCGGAUUCUGUUCACGAUUACUAUCAAUAUUCCGAUCUAAUCGGAGCAACAAAAAACCGGCUAGGUCCAGUACUGAUAAAACGCUAGGUUCAAAGUCGUCGACGGAGCCGAUAAAUCCGCUGAGAAAGAGCAAAAGUGUGAGCGUAGGGAAAACUCGCGGAGGAGCUCCGGUUAGCGUUGAACCGGUUGGUUUAGGAGGAAUGAAACGGUUCUCCUCCGGCCGGCGAUCGGACUCAUGGGGAGGCGAUGAAAUCAACGCAGUUGUUUAAGUGGGUCCCAAUGAAAGUGGAAAAACAAAAAGCAAAGCGCAAAAAGUCUUGAUGGUAGUUGGAAUUUUGGCAGGAAAAUUUAACGGCCUUUGUUCACAUAUUCGGUUAAAAUUUCGAGGUAAAAAAAUGAUACGUACUUUUUUUUUGGAGUUUAUUCUUCUUUUAUAAAAAUGUUUUUUUUUUUGACCUUUUCAAUAAUAGAAUGAUGAUGAAUAGGUUUUAUAUAUAUAUAUAUUGUAAAUAUAUUUUGGUUUUGAGUGAAGGUUUGUAAAUUUUUACUAUUUUCUAUUAGUAGUUUAGAAUAUUAUAAUGAUAA